GCAGGGAUAAAAUGCAGUGCCUGCAGCUGUGAGAUGAGUAAAACUUCCUAGAAGCUGACAAAGGUCUGCUGCCCUGUCCAGCAGGCACUCUGCUGACGGGAGCCUUCCUCCUACAGCUCAGCUCCUCAUACGGACCUAAGGAAAAAGAAACAGUAACCAAGAAAAAGUCUCUGCACAAUGCCACAAAACGUUAUUCUCCAAGGACCAGCACCCUGGGGAUUCAGGCUCUCAGGAGGAAUAGAUUUUAACCAACCCUUAAUCAUAAGCAGGAUUACACCUGGAAGCAAGGCUUCAGCUGCCAACCUGUGCCCUGGUGAUACUAUUGUGGCUAUUGAUGGCCAAAGCACAGAGAACAUGACACAUAAUGAUGCCCAGGAGAAAAUUAAAGCCGCUGCACAUCAGCUUUGUUUGAAAAUUGAGAGGACAGAAACUAAAUUAUGGUCCCCACAAGUGUCAGAAGACGGCAAAGCACACCCCUACAAGAUAAAUUUGGAAGCUGAACCACAGGAAUUCAAGCCUAUUGGUACAGCUCACAACAGAAGGGCCCAGCCUUUUGUUGCAGCAGCAAAUAUUGAUGACAAAAGACAGGUAGUGAGCUCCUCCUAUAAUUCUCCUAUUGGGCUGUAUUCAUCUGGCAAUAUACAAGAUGCGCUUCAUGGACAACUGAGGGGUCUCAUUUCUAACUCAUCUCACAAUGGAUGCAGCACUCCUUCGGGGAUUGACUGUGGCAGUGGACGCAGCACCCCCUCUUCAAUUAGCACUGUUAGCUCUAUCUGCCCUACCGAGUUGAAAGCAGUAUCUAAGAUGGCCCCUAACAUUCCCCUGGAAAUGGAACUUCCUGGUGUCAAGAUUGUACAUGCUCAGUUUAAUACACCUAUGCAGUUGUACUCAGAUGACAAUAUCAUGGAAACACUGCAAGGCCAAGUUUCUACAGCUCUGGGGGAAACACCCAUAAUGAGUGACCCGGCUCCCAUCUCAGUACCUCAGUCUGAUGUGUACAAGAUGCUGCAUGCCAACCAGGAGGAGCCCAGUCAACCUCGCCAGUCUGGCUCCUUUAAAGUGCUCCAGAAUUUAGUCUCCGAAGAAGAUGGACGCCCCAUGGGUACAAGAAGUGUGAAAGCACCUGUAACAAAGAUACCUACUGGCACAGCAAACAUCCAGAAAGUGCCACUGUGUGACAAAUGUGGGAACGGCAUUGUAGGGACUGUGGUGAAGGCACGUGAUAAGUACCGGCACCCAGAAUGUUUUGUGUGCUCUGACUGCAAUCUGAACCUGAAACAAAAGGGCUACUUCUUUGUGGAGGGACAAUUAUACUGUGAAGCUCAUGCACGAGCUCGCAUGAGACCACCAGAGGGAUAUGAAGCAGUUACUGUUUACCCAAAAUGCUAGUCUUACAUUAACACACAAAUAUAUGCAUGCACACAAAAAGGCAUUAACAGCUUAGAACAGCAAUACACUGUCAGGACUUCUGUCUAAAUCCAAAGUAGUAGCUUUUAAACCUUCUCUUAUGGCAUUCAGAGCGAGAAGGAAGUCUCUAUUAACCAGCAGUAGCAUAAUUAUACCAGUGAAAUUCUGCUAAAGUAUUAUCUUCAAAGAUGACAAUAUAAUUCAAUGGAGUGUUAACUGAAAGAGUCCUGAUGUCAGCUGUACUGGAUUAGAACACUGAAAUAGCUGAGGUCUCACGUAAUUAUUAUAGUACAUAUAUAAGUACUGUAAUGAAGACAUUAUUUUUAACAUAAAUUAUAUCUCUCUGUAAAAAUCACAGCCAUUAAAGGCCUCACUGUAUUACAGGCUGGGCCCUACCAAAUUAAGACACUUGACAGAUCAUUAGAAAAGCAGCUAUUUUACAAGAAGAGUACAAGACAACCAGCUGGUCAUGUCCACUUCAACCAUCUAUUAUUCAAUUAUCAUUAGUGUGCCAAAUAUAGAUUUUGCUUACCUUGCUUUGGAUUUGAGGUUUUAUUUACUUAAUUUUCUGAUGUAACAAAUGUAAAAAGGAAUUAGUAUCAACUGAUACAAUAAAACGGCUAGUAUAAUAAAGACUUCUUAGUAAAAAGCAAAAUAGAACUUCUAUGUUGUUUUAAUGAUUUGCAAAGUGCAAAUUGCAAUGAAAUCAGCUUUCAUUUCAUUUAGUUGUUGAGGCACACACACACAUUCAUUGUUUUUGGAAAAGAAAGAAUUUGUUCUAAUAGGAAUUCACUGUAAAUUAGGAAUGAAAGUAAAUUUAAAAGCUUUUCUGUAGAAAAUGGUACUUUUUGCCUCUGCAUCAUUCAAUUUUUAUAAUAGAAACAAUGUGAAAAUAUCAUCAUAAUAUCUUUACUGACAGUAAAUUAAACUUGGGUAAAUCUACUAAGUUUUACAUCAGGUGUACAAGUCUAGUAGAGAUGAACAACUUCGGUGGCAACCAAUCCCACUUUUUUUUCCCAUUCUACAAUAUAAGAAGCUUAAAAUGUAAGAAAAUGUGAAACCAAAAUAAGAAGCUGUAUAUACUUUACAUUUAUUCUAAAAAUUCAGAUGUGUCCCAAAGCCUGAAAUACAAUGUCCGCACAGUCAAAAUUUUCAAGUUGUGUUAAAGUACUAUUUCAGAAUUAAAACAUUUUAAAAAUGUGUGUAUCACUGCAUUUAUAAUUUAUGUCUGCAUAACAAAAGCAUAGAGCGAUGCACCUUUUUAAAGGUUAGUUCCUGAAUUGUUUUUGGAUACCAAACAUAAUUCUGUUCCUCGCAUAUCGAGGAGCCUAUAUGUCCUAUUUAAAUUUUUCCACUGAUAAAGUCCAUAAACUAAAUCUGAAAAUCCUUUUGAAGGUGAGAAUGCACAUAAUGCACAUAAUGUCUAUUUUUACAAACCUGAAAGGUCAUUGGUGUUUUAAAAUAAUUGCUUAAUGUUCAUUUCUUUGUGGAGUGACUGAAAGUAAAAAUAAAUCUACUACAUAUGA